ACACAUACUGGUGAGAAACCUUAUCAUUGUGAUAUCUGUGUUAAAUCAUUCUCUCAAAGCACUAACUUGACUGACCACAUACGUACACAUACUGGUGAGAAACCUUAUCAUUGUGAUAUCUGUGGUAAAUCAUUCUCUCAAAGCACUAACUUGACUGACCACAUACGUACACAUACUGGUGAGAAACCUUAUCAUUGUGAUAUCUGUGUUAAAUCAUUCUCUCAAAGCACUAACUUGACUGACCACAUACGUACACAUACUGGUGAGAAACCUUAUCAUUGUGAUAUCUGUGGUAAAUCAUUCUCUCAAAGCACUAACUUGACUGACCACAUACGUACACAUACUGGUGAGAAACCUUAUCAUUGUGAUAUCUGUGUUAAAUCAUUCUCUCAAAGCACUAACUUGACUGAUCACAUACGUACACAUACUGGUGAGAAACCUUAUCACUGUGAUAUCUGUGUUAAAUCAUUCUCUCGUAAUAGUGACUUGGUUAAACACAAACGUACACAUACUGGAGAGAAACCAUAUCGUUGUGAUAUCUGUGGUAAAUCAUUCUCUCAUAAUACUCAUUUGCAUACACACAAACGUACACAUACAGGAGAGAAGCCAUAUCAUUGUGAGAUCUGUGGUAAAUCAUUCUCUCGAAGAAGUUAUUUGGCUAGGCACAAAUUUACACAUACAGGGGAGAGACCAUAUCAGUGUGACAUCUGUGCUAAAUCAUUCUCUCGAAGCAGUAUCUUGACUAAACACAGACUUACACAUACAGGAGAGAAACCUUAUCAUUGUGAGAUCUGUGGUAAAUCAUUCUCUUGUAAUAGUCACUUGGUUGAUCACACACGUACACAUACAGGAGAGAAGCCAUAUCAUUGUGAGAUCUGUGGUAAAUCAUUCUCUCGAAGCAGUAACUUGACUUUACACAAACGUAUUCAUACGGGAGAGAAACCCUAUCAUUGUGAUAUCUGUGGUAAAUCAUUCUCCCAAAGUCAUCACUUGACUAAUCACAAACCUACACAUACUGGUGAGAAACCUUAUCAUUGUGAUAUCUGUGGUAAAUCAUUCUCUAAAAAUAUUAACUUACAAAGUCACAAACGUAUUCAUACAGGAGAGAAACCAUAUCACUGUAAUAUCUGUGGUAAAUCAUUCUCUCAUAAUUGUAAUUUGGUUACUCACAAUCGCAUUCAUACAGGAGAGAAACCAUAUCAUUGUGAUAUCUGUGGUAAAUCAUUCUCUUGUAAUAGUCAUUUGGUUACUCACAAUCGCAGUCAUACUGGUGAGAAACCUUAUCACUGUGAGAUCUGUGGUGAGUCAUUUUCUCAAAGGCGUCAGUUGAAUAGACACACGCAUACACAUACAGGAGAGAAGCCAUAAUCUUGCAUUAGUUGUUGUAAUUCAUUUUUUGGAAAUGGUGUUGUAACUACACACAAAUAUGUUCAUUCCAGACAAAACCUAUGUAAUGGUCGUGUGUCUGUGUUAAAGCAUUCUCUCAUAGACCUAACUUAACUCUACAUGAACGAAUCCCUACAUGAGAGUAACCAUGUCCGUGUGACAUGUGUGGCAAAUCAUUCUCUCGAAAAAGCCACAUGCAUAAACACA